AGACUUUAAACAGCUAUUUCAGCAGCAGACUGAGUGCAACGGCUGUUUCUGCCACCACAGGGGGAGCGUCGCCGCGGAGGCCGCUACUAAAGGCGUCUCCUCCGGCUCCUCCUCCUUCCUCACUCCGGUCACGCUGUCGUUAGUCGCCGGUUCCCGAGCCCUGACAGAAAAGCCUGUAAAAAAUGAAGAUCUGGGAGUCAGAGCACAUUUUCAACCACCCAUGGGAGACGGUGACCAAGGCGGCGAUGCAGAAGUACCCCAACCCCAUGAACCCCAGUGUGUUCGGUGUGGACGUCCUGGACAGAAGCGUGGACACAGAGGGACGGUUACACAGCACCAGACUGCUGAGCACAGAGUGGGGGCUUCCUGCCAUGGCCAAGUCUAUCAUUGGGGUAACGAGAACGUGCACGUACGUCCAGGAACAUUCAGUCGUGGACCCCAAAGAGAAGACCUUUGAGCUCAAAUCUACAAACAUCUCCUUCACUAACCUGGUUUCUGUAGAUGAGAAGCUCACAUAUAAGCCACAUCCACAGGACCCAGAGAAGACGGUGCUGACACAGGAGGCUCUGAUCAGUGUGAAAGGCGUCAGUCUGAGCAGCUACCUGGAGGGUCUCAUGGCCAAAACCAUAUCUGUGAACGCCGGCAAGGGUCGGGAGGCCAUGGAGUGGGUCAUCAGGAGGUUGAACACAGAGAUCGAGGAGCUGGCGGCGACGGCUCGUGGUACCAUCCGGGUCCCCAUGGCGGCAGCUGUUGCAGACAAAUGAUCCCGGCCUUCAUCCUCCUCCUCUUCCUCCGCCAUCAUGAACCGAUGGACUUCUCGGACAUUUUCCCCUCAAAGGGGACGUCUCACCUCAUCUGCCAGCAGCCUAUCGACCACAGCCCCUCCCUCUGUCUGUCUGUCACUGGACCACUGUUCGCUGAGCUGAUGACGGUUAAAUACUAACAGGGUUGAAUGGGACAGCACUUGAAGCUCAUAGAACUUUGUGUUGUGAUGUGAAAGCUCUUUUUUAAGAUUCACACUGUGCCUCCGCAUCAUCACAUUGUUUUCAUCUGUUUUUUUUUCCUUUAUCUCUGUCUUUAAUGUUUCAUCAUAACUUCAGAAAUGCGUUGAGUUGAGCUGGAACCGACCAAAAAUCUCCAAACCUAAAUCUGCCGGCGCAGACUGGCUGUAAGAGGAUAGAAAACUAAGUUACAACCUGCAUCCAUGGCCAGGCUGUUUUCUCCUGUUUUAUUGGAGCUGUUGUUUUUAAUACAUGCUCAUAUUUAUCUGACGAUGGAAGCACAGAAGCAGCAGACAUUCUUUGCUGUCUGAACAGUUUGAAAAGACCGCUGGAGCUGUAAUCCGACAGCAGACAGAAAAAGCUGCUGGAUCAGAACUAGUACCAGGUCAAAGUGCGACAGUUUUAGUAUCCAGAGGUCCACAGCCGUCCAGAAUGCUACCGAUGAAGUUUAGUGAAGUCUCAACUCAUUUAAACCAAGUCCUGGAGGUGUUUUUGCUUUUCUAACUUCAUUUAAUCUCUUACUGCUGUCUGGUUGAGUUCUGGUGAAAGAAUAUUUGAUUUCUCUCGGUCUCUCUUUCUCUUUUCUCUCACUCUGAUGAUGUGCAGUUAAGUGUUGCAGUAUAAGAAUGUGAAUACUUGAAUGUUUAACUUAUCAGCAUGUGUGUUAUCACUCGGUGGCAGAAAGUCCUUGAAAAGAGCAGAUUUUUUUGUUGUUCACCACAGUGUUGUAGGAUUAGCCCUGCAGGCUGCGUUCAGGGUCGCUGACAGUGCCUAUAUUAGAUGUAAAGAUGGAAGUAACUGCACCAAUCUAACACCCUAAAACACUUUAUUUGUGACUAAACCUGCUCAGUAUUCCUAGUCGCCUGUAGACGGUGUUAUUUAUGUUCCAAUUGGCUGUUACACUGGUUUUAAAGGCUGUUAGCUUGCCGUGUUGUGCAAGUAGCAGGUCAGUUUUUACGCAGCAGUUCCCCGGCUUAUUUCAUGGACUCUCAGGUUCCUCAGCGUCCUGAUCAUUUUCUUGAAGAAUACUCCGAUUCUUUUCACCGUUGACAGUUUACAUCGCAGGGGUUUGUGCUGAACUCCAGCAGUUCUCCAGCGUUAAACCGUUAGUGGAGCUCAGCAGCAUCAGGAGUGUUCCAGGUUCUCCGUCUGCUCUACGUCUCUUUCUCCACACCGUCCUCUUCAUACCCGUCUGUGGCUUCAUCUCACCUGUCGUCCAGCUCUGUCUGUCAGUAACAGUGUCUCGUUUUCUGAAUGAGGUGUGACUUGUUGUGUUGUUUUUCUAUGGGGGAACAUUUUUAAGAACCGUGGCUGUAAAUAGGCUUCUAUUUAUAUUUUGGUGGUGUUACAUUCCAAGAAUGUGAACAUGUAACAGAAGCUAACUAGUGCACUCAGAAGUGUUUCAGAAUAAAGAGAUGCCAUUGUUCAUGAA